ACAUGUCAGAACGAAACACAUAACCAAAGAAACCACUGCCAAGAUUUUUCUCAAUGGAGCUGGGUGCGUAAUUGUGUGUGUUGUUGGGCGGGAAUAGUGGGCGUGCCGCAGAGUCUGUGUAUGAAAGCCAUGUGCGAGGCCACAGAGAGCCACAAGAAGCAGCUUUACGCACAGCAACACGAGUCUUUAUCGAUAAUAAAUUGUCUGCUAAAAGGAGACAUGUUGCUGCUGAAGACUUUCGCUCCCAUGCUGAUGUUGGCCUUCAUCGGGCAGCAGGUCUCUCUGUCCUCCGCUGCGCGCAAUAAGAACCGAGAAGCGGACAAAACCGUGACUAUAGCACCCCCCGGCAGUGCGCAGAGGAGCGGCGACAAGCUUGCAGCCAGUGUCCGGGGAAAGAUCCCCAGGGGCAAGAUGCAGUGUACUUGGGUGGCAAAAGACGUCGGGGACACUGUCAAGCUGAUGGUAAAAUGCGAGGACCCGGUGGCGCGCAUCAAAGGCGGAUACACCAAUCUGCAGUGCGAAUACAACGGCAAACCUCAGAGCUGCCCGGGCUACCGUUCCAACAACAAGGGCUUCUGGAAACAGGUGUCCCGCGCCUUCAAAAAGCUGAAAACCAAAGUGUGCUCGGACGAGCGCGCGCUGGUGAAGGCUUCCGUGUGUAAGCACGCGCCCCAGGAUGCGCACUUCAAACUGGACAUCUUUAGCUCAGUAGGAGAUGAACUCACCGAGCUGAUGACGCCUCGCUCCACCUCCACCUCCACCACCGUGUCUCCAGCGUGCACAAAGCACGCGAACCACCAGAAAACGGCUGAAGAGACUUGCAGCGGCUCGUGGGCCAGUGUGUGCAACUUCUUUAUGUCUCUCCUGCAAAGUGACGACUGUUAGCUCCAGAUCUGAGGAGGAGGUGGACACUAUCAGACUAAAUGCAGGAUUUAUUUUGUGUUUGUCAAACAGCGGUGAUGCAGCAGCAACAGAUCUUUAAUUUUUAAUCAGUAAAAGUCAAGAUUUUAUCUCCACAAUUUGUAUUUAUACCCAAUUGGACUGAGUGGUUUCAUCAAUAUGACAUUUGUUUAUUGAGUAAUUUAUCAUCGCUGGUGGAAAGUGACUAAUUACCAUUUUUGUGGCAGUUGUACAUUUUGAGAUUUUCAUGUUCCUUCAAAACGUGAUGAGAUUAUAAAAUCUGUUUGUUUUUUUGUUACAUUUUUUUCCAUUUGAUAGGCCUACUUAAACUACAAUCUGUAUUUUCACGUUUCUGUUUAAUAUUGUUUUCCAGCUUUUCAAUGAACAUUUCUGACCAAUAAACACAGAUAAAAACAUGAAACCACUAAUUGAUGUUGACCUGAAAAGGCUUCAAAGUUUGAGAAUAUAGUUUUUUUAAUUAUAAUAGAGGUUUUUUUUACAGUGUGGUAUUGUUUUAUGUGACCUGAAUACUUCCUGCACCACUGUUCAUCACACAGAACCAAUGAUUUGUCAUUAUAGCAUAGAGUGGUACUUUUCUUUCUACCUCUGGUCAACUUUAUCAAUCAGCCAUGUAAACACCACUGUAUUUAUGCACCACAAAUAAAUAUUUUCUACUUAUACAA